AUGCCUAAGAAACAGAAUAAUAAUGAUAAUGAUAAUAUAACCCUUGUCACUCAGAACACCCGCGAUAGCCGGGCAAAAGGGCAGCACCGAGAAUCUGGCAGAAUUCUCGGUCUUUCUCCUGUGCCAAUGGCGGCACGUGGUAUUAUCGGCAGCGCCACGCAUGUCUACCAUAUUUCCACGGCCGAUUCAUCCGUUUUUCGGAUGAUGGAUCUUCUCCGUCUCCAGAUUUUGUCUGCCUCCCUCCAUCCAACACUCACCUACCACGCGUACACUCACUCUCACCAACCUCCACAUCUCCACGCCCUUAUCCUUGCCUGCUAUUACUCGCACAUGCCGCCGCCUGCUUCAGCAGUGGAUUUCUCCAACCUGCUGAAUCCCGACGGCGCUGCCAAUUCAUCCCAAUCCGCCCCGUCCAAUCCCACCACCACUGCGCAAUCCAACGCCCCCAUGGCUUCUUCUGUCAGUCUACUACCUCCCCUGCUAAAGGGUGCCCGUCCGGCCACCGAAGAGGUUCGCCAGGACCUCCCCCGACCUUACAAAUGUCCUCUCUGUGAUCGUGCCUUCCACCGGCUGGAGCACCAGACUCGUCACAUUCGCACGCAUACAGGCGAAAAGCCCCAUGCCUGCCAGUUCCCGGGAUGCACUAAGCGUUUCAGCCGUUCCGACGAGUUGACUCGUCACUCAAGGAUCCACAACAAUCCCAACUCGAGACGCAGCAAUAAGGCCCAGCACCUCGCAGUUGCGGCUGCAGCUGCAGCUGGCCAGGAUAAUGUGAUGAUGAACAAUACCGGUUCUAUGAUGCCUCCGCCAAGCAAGCCAAUCACUCGAUCUGCGCCAGUGUCCCAUGUCGGUUCGCCAGACGUCUCGCCUCCUCACUCCUUCACCAGCUACGCCAGUCACAUGCGUGCAGCUCCAGGGCACUUUGGACGCGGCGGCGUACAGAGUUUGUCGGGAAUGGAUAUCAAUCUUCUUGCGACUGCUGCUUCGCAGGUCGAGCACGACGAUCACAUUGGAUUCCAUGGCAGCUACCGCAACCAUCCUCUCUAUUCCUCUCGCCAGCACUCCAGCAGUCGUCUCCCGUCGCUCUCUGCCUACGCUAUUUCACAGAAUAUGUCGCGCUCGCAUUCGCAUGAGGAGGAGGAUGCCUAUGGACACCGUAUCAAGCGUUCAAGGCCGAACUCGCCAAACUCGACUGCACCAUCUUCCCCUACCUUCUCUCACGACUCUCUAUCUCCGACUCCUGAUCACACCCCUCUGGCUACUCCCGCACAUUCGCCUCGUUUGAGGCCUCUAGGUGCGAGCGAUCUACAUCUGCCAUCAAUCCGACACCUGUCGCUUCAUCACACUCCCGCAUUGGCUCCUAUGGAGCCUCAGCCAGAAGGACCUAACUACUACAACACCAGCCAAUCGGCGGUCGGCUCCAGCAUUAGGGACAUCAUGGCAAAAUCAGACGGUACGCAGCGAAAACUGCCAGUGCCUCAAGUGCCGAAAGUCGCCGUACAAGACAUCCUGCACGCCCCCAACUGGGCUGGACUGGUCUUCAUGUAUUGGGCCUGGAAGCUGACUGGCAUGGGUGGCUUUCGUCGUUCGGUCGUUGGCGGAGCAUCUCCACGAUAG